CUCUUUCUGUUCUGUAAUAACUUUGAUUUUUCUCAUUAUUUUUGAUGCUCAUGCAUCUCUCAAAGAAUAAUAAUCUCACCAUAAUAUCUCACAACUCCAUCUUCAACUCUCCUUUCUGGCCUUUCCUUUUACUCUUUUUUUUGAUUUUUUUCUAAGUUUCUUAGCUGUGACAAAUUUCAUUCUUGAUACAUUUUGGUAAAAAGAAAAAAACAGAGUUCUCUGUUUUUUUUUAUAUAUAAAGGAAAUUUCCUUUUGUGGUACAUAUGUGAUUAAUGGAAAAUAUGAAUAUUAAAGAAGGGAAUAAUCAACAUAUGAGUGUUUCAAAUAAUAAUAAUUCAAUAGGGGGAAGAGAUAGUUCUUCUUCACCUACAAAUUUCCAACAAAAUCAAGUUUCAAUGGAUUGGACUCCAGAAGAACAAGCUACCUUGGAGGAAGGCUUGGUAAAAUAUGCCUCUGAGACGAGCAUAUCCCGUUAUGCAAAAAUUGCAAUUGUACUGAAGAACAAAACUGUUCGUGAUGUGGCAUUACGAUGCAAAUGGACCACGAAAAAGGAAAACAGCAGGAGAAGGAAGGAUGAUGCAAAUCUAUUGAAAAAAAAUAAAGAUAGAAAGGAAAAAAUGAUUGAUCCUACUGCAGUAUCGUCCCCCGUGGUAAUGCAGCAGCCUAGUUAUGCUCCAUACACUCAAGGAGUGGUUUCUAAUAAGAAUGAAGGUUUCGUCUCGUACCAUGCCACAGUCAGUAUGACCACACAGCUUAUUCAUCAAAACGCUCGGAUAUUUGAACAAAUUUCUGCAAAUCUUGUGACAAAUCAAAUACACGAGAAUACUCGACUUUUGUGUCAAGCUCGAGAUAACAUCUUCAAGAUUUUACAUAAGUUGAAUGAGUCGUCCUGCACGUUGAAGCAGAUGCCACCACUCCCUGUUAAGUUGAAUGAAGAACUUGCAAACUCCAUUCUUCCCCUUCCAACUCAUGCAUUGAGAUAAUGAUGAUCUCGCGAUACAAAGUCAGACAUCCAUGGCCAUUGAUCUUGAGAUUUUUCCGAGGGAAAAAUGUCAUCUCCACCGCGACAGAGAGAUCAGAAAGAAGGAACAAAGAGAUGACUGAUUCAUGUACAAUAUUUGGGCAUGCUAUACUUGCCUUGUUGCUCGAUCCCUUCCCUGAUAAAGACUUUGUACAGUAAUAAAAUUUAGUUUAAGUUUUAUACACCGACCGACGACUGUAUUUAGAUUUUUCAUAUAUACAAUCAGGUUAAGUGUUUGCUUAUUCUCACUU